AUGGACAUAGGUGAAAAUUCGGAGAAACGAACCGACAAGUAUUCAUUCCUGAAAUCGGUACAUGCAGCAGCUGACAAUGCUCAGGCGAAGACCUCUGAACCAGCCAAGGAUGGGUCUGAGAACGAUCUGACAAUCGAGCAAGGGCAAGUGAAAAAAUCUGCGGCUGAGAUUCAACUAGAAGACGCGACAGGUUCCGACUUGCACGCUAAUCGGGAUAAUCACUCAGACUCUCGCGAUCACUCGGACAGAUAUGGAGAUGGGGGUGCCGAUCCUGUAAAUACAACAACAGGGGAUGAGGUUAAGGCCACGGAGGCAGCAAGUGAUGAGCGUACACUCACGGAAGCCUUAGACGAUAAUCUGUCGGGAACAGAGGAGGAAAUGGUCACCGAGACUCAGUCUCGUGCAACAGAGGUACCAGUUCCUGUCAGUUCUGAUAAUUCAGACAGUCCCUUAAUUGUAUUGCAGCAAAAGGCAAAGGGGAGAUUGAUCAGGAAGCGCAAGGCUACUUCAACUCAUGACAAGGAGCCCUCGGGAGUCCCCGGUAGAACCCAAAACCCAAGGGUGAUCAAGAGAAAGAAAGGAGGGUGUUCUGAAUCGACUGCUCAGUUCAGCAAAUCAGGUGACUCUGCUCUUAAACCUCUCUCAGAGAAAUUUCUAUCGGCUGAGACAAAGAAGAGAUUUGAGAAAUUCAAGGGAGUUGAGGUACUUGCUGAAAGGAAUGUGAAUGUAAUGGAUUUUAGGAAGAAUCAUGUCUGGGAUCUGUUUGCAGAACGACAGCUCACUGGAACAUUGACUUAUGCAUGUUCAUUCAGUAAAGGGUUGGUGAGAGAAUUUUAUGCCAAUCUAACACCUAGCACUGAUAUUCCUGGUGACUUCAUGCAUUACAAGGCUUUUGUGCGUGGAAGGUUCAUUGAAUUCUCUCCCACGAUCAUCAACAAAUUGUUGGGCACACCUGAUACCGCAACACAGGGAUUGGAAGAUUUUCCAGAGGGAACUACACUUGAGGAUAUGGAAGUAGCUCUCACUGGAGAGUAUGUCGCUGAAAGAAGCGGGAAGCUUCCUAUUGCUCGUCUCAAGUUUGAAAGUCGGGUAAUGCAUCUGAUUGGAAAAACUAACUGGCUACCUACUCGACGAACUGAUGUUCUUCAGGAUGAACUAGCUCUCCUUAUAUUCAAAUUGUUGAGGAACGAGGAGGUGAAUCUGGGAAGAAUUAUCUACAGUCACAUUCUCUCAAGAGCUGCUGAUAUGAGAGUGCGCUAUCUGCUACCUCAUCCAUGUCUCAUUCAAAACAUCAUUGUGAGACAGAGUCCAGAAAUUCUAGCUGAUUCUGAGAUUACUGAAGUCAUCCAGCGGCCAUUGGUCAUUGAAUCCAGAGUGCAACAAGCAAAGAUGAGUCGGGCACAACUAUGCAGCAAGACCUUCACUCUCCUUCUGAAACAUGACAAGCAACUCAUUCAAGUUGAGAAAUUACAGAGGAAGGUUACCAAAGCAGUGACUCAGAUCCGUGCUCGCCAACAUGCUCUUUGGACAGAGUUUCAGAGGGGAGAAAGUGAAGCCGCACCCUCAUCAAGUGCUACAGGCAAAGGAAAGGAGAAAAUGGUUGAAGACUUGAUGAGUGAAUCUGGUGAUGACGAGGAUGCUGAAACACCUGAAGAUCUAUCUGAGUGA